GUUCGGCGGCGACGGCGGCGGCGGCGGCAAGAUGGCGGCGCACGGGGGCUCUGCGGCCUCCUCGGCGCUGAAAGGGUUAAUCCAGCAGUUCACCGCCAUCACGGGUGCAAGUGAAAGUGUGGGGAAACAUAUGCUUGAAGCCUGCAACAAUAACCUGGAGAUGGCUGUCACAAUGUUUUUGGAUGGUGGAGGAAUAGCUGAAGAGCCUAGUACCAGUUCAGCCAGUGUAUCUUCUGUCAGGCCACACACAGAAGAUGAAGUACGAGCUCCAAUUCCUCAAAAGCAGGAAAUACUGGUAGAACCAGAGCCCUUAUUUGGCGCUCCUAAAAGACGGCGGCCUGCUCGUUCAAUAUUUGAUGGUUUUCGAGAUUUUCAGACUGAAACUAUUCGGCAGGAACAGGAGUUGAGAAAUGGAGGAGCGAUAGAUAAGAAGCUCACUACCCUUGCAGAUCUCUUCCGACCACCUAUUGAUCUAAUGCAUAAAGGCAGCUUUGAAACUGCCAAAGAGUGUGGUCAGAUGCAGAACAAGUGGCUCAUGAUCAACAUCCAGAAUGUGCAGGACUUCGCUUGCCAGUGCCUCAACCGGGAUGUCUGGAGCAAUGAAGCUGUGAAGAACAUUAUCCGGGAACACUUCAUUUUCUGGCAGGUGUAUCAUGACAGUGAGGAAGGACAGAGAUACAUACAGUUUUACAAACUAGGGGAUUUUCCCUACGUCUCCAUCUUGGAUCCAAGGACAGGUCAGAAGCUAGUGGAGUGGCAUCAGCUAGAUGUGACUUCUUUCUUGGAUCAAGUGACAGGAUUCUUGAGUGAGCAUGGUCAAUUGGAUGGACUCUCCAGCAAUCCCCCCAAAAAAUGUGGCCGCUCUGAGAGCCUUAUAGAUGCAAGUGAAGACAGCCAGCUAGAAGCUGCUAUCAGAGCCUCCUUGCAAGAGACGCAUUUUGAUUCUACACAGGCAAAACAGGACAGCCGCUCAGAUGAAGAGUCUGAAUCUGAACUUUUUUCUGGAAGUGAGGAAUUCAUAUCAGUUUGUGGUUCUGAUGAGGAAGAGGAAGUAGAGAAUCCUGCCAAAUCUAGGAAGUCUCCACACAAAGACUUAUUGCAUAGGAAAGAGGAGAGCCGGAGGCCUCAAACUGAGCCCUCAGCUAGGACUGAGCCUGGAACUGCAACAAACCACCAAGUACUGUCAGGCAUGGAUUCUGAAAUAUUGGAGGUGUUACCUGAGAAGUCAGAUGGGCUUUCAGAAGGGCUGGAAAUGAAUGGACCAAAAGCACAGCUGAUGUUGAGGUAUCCAGAUGGAAAGAGGGAACAGAUCACUCUUCCAGAACAAGCUAAACUUCUAGCUCUGGUGAAGCAUGUGCAGUCAAAAGGAUACCCAAAUGAACGUUUUGAACUUCUCACCAACUUCCCUCGAAGGAAGCUUUCUCACCUUGACUAUGACAUUACAUUACAAGAGGCAGGCCUCUGUCCUCAAGAGACUGUCUUUGUACAGGAAAGAAAUUAGCACCAUGGCCUGACCUCUCUCAGCUGCCCCUCGUCCUUUUACUUGGGAUACUGCGUCCCUGAGUGUGCAGUUUGGCUCCUAGGACCACAGAGCCAAACUGGGCAAGCGGCCCCCGCCCGCUCUCACCUUUGUCUGGGCUCUUCCUCCACAGCGUCUUUCCCCUCUGUCUUCUGUCCUUCCUCCGCUCUCCUCUUCCUUUUUCCCCCUAAUCUGGUGACCAAAUCAAAACCUAAGUAUGCCAUCUGUCCUAAUACUGGUUGCAGGAAAUGCUUGUUCCAUUUGGGAAAGAGGGAUGCUGUCUUACACAUCACUCUCUGGAAAUAAGGAAAAAUAAUGUGACCUCGGUUUCCUGGGGCAGAGGAAAGGCCAGAUUCAAAAAAACUACCACCUCCCAUCCCCAUCUUAUUCCUUACUCUUGGGAGAAAAAAAAAGGUGUCUUCAUUUUUUUUUUCUUUUAGUUUCAUGUAAGAAGUAUCAUGUAACAAAAUACCCAGGCUUUCGUUUAUGUGGAGAAAAACGCUCCUUAUGAUAGUUUGUCAAAAAAAAAUUUUUUUAAUUUCUCUUUCCCUCAUCUCUCCUGUAGAAGAAUAGGUCCAUGGUAUAUGUGCUGUUGGGAAGUUGAUUGUCAAAUAUGGGAUAAGAUAGAUUAGGAUGGCUUUCAACACUCCUGCCUUAGUUUUCUCCAUUUCUCCUUAUUUGGAAUUAUUUUAUGGAAGCUGUUGAUACCAACAUACUAGGAGUGAAUAGUAAUUCAGUGAAAUUACUGAAUCCUUUAUACCCAUUUUCAAGCUUAUGAGAUCGAGAUUUUCCAUAAUUUCAAAAACUUGUGUUGGGAAAAGGAAUGUGUUUACUCUUGGGACAAGAUGACAUUUCCUGGCCUCUUCCAUUUUCUGGGUCCAACAAAGGGUUUAAGUAUGGCAGGAGUUUUUUGUUUUUUGCUUUUUUUUUAGUUGUAGUUUUACAAUCAUGCAGUAAAAUGGUAACUGUAAAUUAGAAAUUGGUUUUGCUGUUGAUCUUAUCUAUGGUGCUUUAGGGCUGCCUCAGAGAAAAGAGAAACAAGUAACUCUGAAUGGUGGGUUUCUUUAGUUAGGGGAAAUCCUAAUUCAUUUUGACCCCGGGGUAAAAUAGUCUUUAAGAGGCUCUAAGACUGAAUGAGCCAAGCUACUUUUAAGAUUUAGGUUCUUCCAUCACCUAUUGCAGCCAAAGGAUGUUGAGUGGUAUCAGAACUGAAAGCAUUUCUUAAGGGAACACCUUUAAACUCAGUCCAUAAAGCAGCAUUUAAUAACUAGAGUGAGAAAAACUGCUCUUAUUAAUCUUCAACAGUUGAAAUUUUCUGCCAUCAAAAGCCUCAUUUAAUUGUAAGUUAGUUGAGAAUUUGAUAUUCAGCUCCAAAGAAGAAGUUAUCUAUUUUAAAUGAAUGCAACACCAUUCACUUACCCCUUUAGCUAGCAGGAGAGUAAAGUAGGGACUGGGGUGAAGAUGGCAAUAGAACUAAAACUUGUCUAUAUAGAGAUCAUACUAUUCAUUUCUGCACCUUAGAGGAAAAAUAAAUUGCUAAUGUUGGAAAUAAACUACAAACUUUAACUUGUAACCCAAAUUCAGAUAUAUUUUCAGAGACUUUUAGACUUCCUGUCUAUUUUACAAGAUCUUACCUUUUAGCACCCAAGGGAUAAAGGAGGAGGGGAUUAUCUUUUGUUAGUACACAAUUGUGGAAUGUGAUUUCUAACGAUUGAUUGGUGAGGCACCCUCACUAAAGAAUGAAAUAUAUGUCUUCUAUAGGAAAUCAUGGGAAAGUCUGUUUAUUCUUUAAUGGAUCUUUACAAAUGAAUGUCCUUACAUUUUCCUAAGUCUGUGUAAGUGCUUAUGUAUAAGUAUAUAAUUGUAUAAAUAUUUAUAAAUAUAUUUAUAUAAUUACAGUUUCCUGUAUGCAUUGAGUCAGAGUUAUCUAUCCAGAUUGGUGACUAAACAGCACCACUUUGGUGUUUUUGCACAGGAUCCACAGGUUUACCAGCAGCUUCUGAUUCCUUGCAAAAACACAAAUUUCUUGGUAAUCUCUGCAAAUAAUAUGUUGGAGGGCCUUAGAUAUGAGCACUUGUUAAUAACUACGGAGAAGCAUGAUGUAUUAUCAGUAGUACACAGGAAGAAAUGGCGGUUUUGAAUUAGAGAAGGAUUUAGAAACCUUGAAUUUUCAGGUGGCACAAGGUGAGAGUGUCAUCUAGGACUAGAGGAAAGACCAGUGAAGUAGGUCCACUUGUGAGGUACAGAUUUGUGACCAGAGUGACAGCUGAGUGUGUGAAAUGUUCUCCGGUAAAUCACCCGUUGAACUCCCUGCCCAAUUCCUUUGAUAGUCUCCUUUUUAGGAAAAAUAGCCCGAGUCAGAUGUUGGUAGCCUUUGCAAAGGUGGGUUCCAGGCUUUCUGAUAAAGACCGGUCAUUGUUGGGUUGAGGGUCUGAGGUAGAAAACUGAAAAACAGGCAUCUGAAAAGAGAGCAAGAAAUCCCCCACCCUAAGCACACUUUAGCCUUGAAGUUCAGAAUAUGGUCAUUGAAUUAUUUUAUCUCACAGUAGAGACGAAACCAUCCUGAGGUUGUUAGGGCUCCAGUAAGGGCACAGAGCUAUACCACUCCCUCCAUGGAGCAUGUAUCUAGCAUUCUCCAAUCCCAGAAAAAUUUGUUGCUGCUCCACUUAAAAUUAAUCCACUUCCUUUUUUUAAUGCCUUCUUUCUCUUCAAGAUUCUUUAAGUAAAAAUAGUGAUUUUUGGCUGUUUUUGAGGCAAAGAGGAAAGUGCUAUGAUUUAGCUGUGAGGGUUUGGGUUAUGGUGGAGCUCAUUAAAGUAGGUUGAGAAAGAAGCACAUUAGUUGUACAUUUUAGCUUCUUUCAAGACUUUCCCUUGCUCUUUCAGUCUCUCUCUGGACUAAGAAAAGGGAGAGAAUGUUGUGACUAUAAAAGCCUCUUCUCUUGCCCUAGUUAUGGAAGUACUAUUUCUGGGAGGGGGAUUGCUGAGAAGAAAUGGUUUAUAUGAAUUACGUUAAGUAGUUGUGUUAUUGGUUUAAGUGGUAACUGGAAGUUAGGGGGUCAGAGAUAAAGAAUCUAUAGUCCAGCCACAGAAUGUCUGAGCACAGUCCUCUUACAGUAUUUACUUCCUCUAGUUUGAUGCUUUUCCUAGCCUGCUUUGAUCUUCAGGGGAAAGCAUUUGUGGGGUCAGCGUCCAGAUUCACAAAAGUAUAACUUUACACAACAGUUCAACCGCUUUGAUAAUAAUGGUUCUUUUCUUCAACACACUGGGGCAGGAUGGGAGGGUAUUUAAUAGGUGGGAAGGGAUGGGGGAGGGUGGAGAGGGUUGGGAAGGGAAACACACCUGAGAAAUAAGCUAGGCCAGAGGAAUUGAGAACUGAUAGGGAAAGUGAGUUCAGGAGAAUUUAAGUUAAAGAUAUUUAAAAAUUUUAAAAUAUUUUUUAAUUUGAUCCAAGAAGGACCCACUGAAAGACAAGAUUUUUAUAACCUGGGGAAGAUGAUUGUUUUUAGUUAUGGUAGUCAGUUCUAUUUCAAAGGCCCAUUUCUCCAACAUUUACUAACAAAGUUUAAAUUUAAAAUUAUAGGACUUUAAUUUGGCUCAGUAUAUUAAAAUUUGGAAAUGAAAAACAGGUAGCAAUUUUUAGAGGACUUGGCCCUAAGCAUAGAAAUUUCCUAAUCAUUCAUCUCAUUUGAGGGCUAGCUUUUAAUACUAAUUAGGAAGCUGUUUUUAAAAUGAGUACACUGGUGAAAAUAUAAAAGAAAAAAAAGGACUUCACUUACUAGAUUGCCAGAAAUAAAAAGAAAGAUUCACAUAUAAUUACUCAGUCAAUAUACUUAACAUCUUUAGGAAAGAAUAGAUUCUCUUUCCUGUUUUCAAAUAUCACCAGGCUCAAUAUCUGUUAUGUAAGGAUUUUACUAUUAUCUUAUUAUUCAGGUAUCAUCCCAUUUUCCAGAUGAGAAAAUGGCCUCAAUUAAGUUGAAAAAACUUGCCCAUCAUCACACAAUUAAGUGUCAGAGGGUAGUCAGGUCUUCGUGACUCCCAAUUUCAGCACUCUAGCUGCCAUUCCACUCUGCCUGUCACUUGGCACAAUUUGUUGAAUCCUGACUGCUCUGACCCGGCACGGAAGACCGUUGAUGAACUACUAAAUGAAAGGUUUAAAAAGAAAAAAACAUAGUAUGGAACUCUGGUUCUCAAGGAGCUUGAAACCUAAUUAGGAGGACACAACCCAAAUGAAACAAUUAGAGAAUAAUUAGUAAAUUGCCUGUUAAUAAAUGUGUUGGAAUUUCAGAGAAGAUGAAGAGCAGAGUGCACUAUACUGAUUAGAGAAGGCUUUGUGGAAAAGGUGUUCUUUAUGGAAUGGGUAGGAAAUAAAGGCCCGAUUUUAAUAUAGUGACAAAAUGCUUUUUUUCCAUUUCUUGCUGCCACAGUUUGUGGCAUGAUUGGUUGGAUCCUUUUAAAUUUUAAUGUCAGUUUUACCAAGAUUGCUAAUACCUGGAUUAGAUUCCUAGUCUUCACCUUGAGACUAUAGCUUACUCAGAGAAUAUCCCAUAUUUGGACACUUAAGAGAAAGGCCUACUUGAUAGAACCUCUAGUACUUAGUACAACUUGGAGAAAGUUACCAAAGCUCUCCGCCACAUGCCAAGUCAUUCGUAGAUGCCCCUCUGUUUUGUUGUAGGUUGUCCCAGAAACUUUUAGAGUAUAGCUAAAAGUGUUUCCUUUGCCCUAUGUUCAAGAACUGGUUUUGACCAAUAAUUAGUCCUACCUACUGAAAUUCAGUAAUGAUUCAGUGGUUUUUUUACUCUUUAAUUCUUUAUUCUUGAUCAAUAUUGCCUCCAAAUAAAGGAUAAUUAAAUCAACCCAGAUAGUUCACCAUUGCUAUAAUGACAUUUAACUUUUCUUGUUUUGUAAGCUAUUCUUUGUGCUAAGGCUUAAGACAUUGAGUGUCUGAAUAAUUUUGUGAGGAUUGGUUUUAGAAUCUAAAUCUGUCAUUUUGGUUGUUUUUUGAGAAACUUCCCAAGACUCCACUAGGGCAUAAGUUACAGAGAGGUUGCUGACCUGAAAUAGUGGAGGGAAUUUGCUCUUCCAGGGAGUUGCUUUAUCACAGACUCAGCUGUACCCCCACCCCAAGCACCCCCAUUCUAUUAGAUCAGUCUAUGAAAAGAGAAACUAAUAAAGGCAUCUCUGUUCCUUUCUGUCAUGCCGUUUUCCCCAAGUUUUGCACUUCGUCUUUUGGAAGCACUUAUGUUAGGUGUUCAUCUCCUUUAUUAUGUUCAUUGUUGAAAAGGAUCGAGUAAGUUUAUGAGGUUGAGCACAAAUAGAAGAGUAUGUCAGCUCUGUUACGAACACGACUUUGUGACCAUACUUGGUUUAGAGGAUGCAGUGAAUAUUCUAUGGUUUGUCCUAUUCCUUGAGUGGUGGUGGUGGGGGUGCUUUUUGUUUUGUUUUUGAUUUUAUUAACUGUAUAAGAAAGCUUUAGCAUUCCCCAACAGAAGAAUGGCUUUUCAGUGCUAAAGGUGUCAGUUGAGUCAGCCUACUGUUCUACAGGACUUUUUGCCUUUUCAGCUAUAACUUUCUCUGUCCACCCUGUGAGGCAGCACUGCUGGCAAGAUAGCUUGCCGUCAAGUACAGUUUCAAGGUGGAUAUGAUGAUUUUGAAGGUCUUCUGCCGUUGAACUCAUUGUGUUCAUUGAUUAUGAGAUUUAGUGAUACUAAGUGAUGCUUUUCUUGAAACGUACUCUUCUGUGUUCUCAAUUUUUUAGAAACCAUUCCUUGAAAAUUAAUUUGAUUAUUAAAGUAAGUUAUGUUUAAGGAAGCUCAUUUUCUAAAACUUACAGUCUGACUUAUUUGUGUCACUUUUGAAGAAGUAGAUAGGAAAGUCUCUUCCCAGAAACAAAUCAGAGGUUCUUGUUUUCUUUCCCCUCCUUUUGUGUAGAGAACCCUUUGCCCUGUAGAAUUCUAUUAGUCUUAGAAGGGAAAAGCAGAUACUAGAAUUGCUACAUUCCUGGAAGCCUGUAGAAUAAGCAAACUGACAUUUUUCUCUUAAGUCCCUUGUCAAAAUCUUUACUUAUCCAUUCUUUACUUGUAGGAGGGAGACACUAUGAAAGUUGAAUGACAUUCUUCACAAAAUGCCAUUGCAGUGCUUGGCCUGCUUAGUCAAACUGAUAGCUAUUAUAAUUUGUGGUUCAGGCUUUUUUUUUUUGCCAGAUGAUAACUAUUUGAAGUGAAACCGGGUUAACUCAGGUCAUCUACUUUAGUCAGAAAUGUAGUACAUCUCAAGAA